CAUGCCUGCCCCUGACCCCGGUAUAAGAUCAUCAUGUGGAGUUUACAAUAACUAAUGACGUUGAUUAUGGGUUGCUGGCCAACGUACUUCUUUCUAGUGGGGUGUUUUUGAGCUCAUCAUGUUCUUGAGCGCGUCCGGAACGCGUUAUAUUCCGCCCGCUCUCAUGAUUUAUCUGUCGCGUCCCCUAUCGAGUCGUCGUCGACGGACCUACAACCAUUGUACUCACUCACUUUAUUCUCAAGUGCCUACGGAAAACCUAACAACAUGCCCCCUAAGAGAAAGGCCGCUGACGCGGCCGCUGGAAGCGCGUCUAAAAAGUCCAAAGCUAGUAGCACCGAUAAUACGCCCGAGAAGCCCCCAGUGCCUCGCAGCAAGCGAUGGUCCAAGGGCCUUUCCGGCUCUGCAAACGCUGACACGGAAUACCGUAAGAAGAUGAUGCACGAUCCCGCCGGUGCUUGGGAGUUUGUCUGUCGGUGCCGACCAGUUGUUGGAUCCGAUGAUGAUAACGAGGACGAGGACGAGGACGACGAGGACGACGAGGACGACGAGGACGAGGAUGAUGAUGAGGGUGAUGGACGCCCUUCUUGCGACCGCGGCAAGACUUGUCUUUGCAGAAAGUCCAGCAAAGACCACCCUGACCACCCUUACACCUACUCCCUCGGAGGCAUACAGAAGUUCAACACGAUUGCCACUAUGUGCUCUUUGCGUGACCCGGACUUGUUCGGCAUGUACAUCUAUAACGACUUCGCAGGGUAUGGGCUCCUGGAGAUGGUUGGGAACCUGCUGCUCGAUUUCGAGGAGGCCAAGGAUGAUUGGAAACAACAGUGGUAUAUCUGCGAGGCUACGACUCUGUUCUUCCAUAAAUACAACCCUAUGCCAUUAUUCAUGAUCGAUGACAGCGAAGGCUUGGAUAUGUUCCUUCACUGUGUCCGAACGAUGUUUCUGACGAUGAUGGCAACUCUCGAGCGUAACGAUCUCCUGAAACCGGGCUCCGAGAUCAAAAACCUCGGAAUGGUAAUGGGGCUAGCCAUUCGUCUUGAUUCAUACGCCCAGGACAUGGAUAGCUUUGAGGAUCUCCCCAAGUAUCUGUAUGCGUAUGCCGCAAAGCACAACAUUGUCCUUCACGAUGUACCCAAAGACGAUGAGCCGGAACCAGUGCCAGCGACUGGUAAGGGCUCUCUGCCCGAUCCCAGGGCCAAAAAGAAUAAUCCGUGGGGCUUUGCAGCGGAGCUAAAAAAGCUUGCGAAGGAGCAAAAUGUUGGUGGCGACGAGUACGAUAUUACCACCAUGUCUGCUGCUGAACGCAAAAACGCCAGCUUCACCAAGAAGGAUCCACUGGGUGCGGAGGAGAUCAAGGCACUGAAGGAAGGCUUGGUCAUGCAGUUGGCCUAGUGGAGCGAACGCCUCGGUGAUUCUAUGGAAAACUCGCAUUUCUUAUGCCAAAUGAAUUGUGGAUGCGCCUAUGUAUAUAUUUGGAUUGUUUUCGGAUUAUAUAUUCUUCCUGUGAAGUAUAGUUAAUUCUAAUGUUGCAGAAAUUGUUACUAGGAGGUGCGUCGACAAUUGAACUCUCAUACUAUACUGUAUUGGCUAUGGAAUAGAUCGAAUAAAGAGGCUCUAGGCACAGCCUUGGAGUCGUCACCGAGGAUUUCCAACCUUAUAAAUCCACGUAUCCCAAUACAGCUAAGACAGAGCUUGACAUUGCCCCCCAAAACUAUAUCGGUGCUGCACAGCCCACUAAGCUUUACUCAAAACAUCAGAUUAAGUUCGAAACGCAGAUCGAUCGAUCGAUCUAAUAAUAAGGCUUUUGUGGUAUGUGGCUUGUACAGUAC